AUGAAUAAUAUCUCACCGUUUAUGUUGAACAGCAUAAAUGCAAUAACGAAGCCCCAUAACGGUGCACUGCAAUGGAUAAAAAAAUAA